AUGCGUCUGGCCAAUCUGGUCGGCUUUGGUGGAUACCGGAGCCUGUGCCUCUAUGGAGCGAUUCACUGGGCAGCAUCAGAGUCGCUGGACCAUGCAUACAGUUCGAUAUUGACAUUUGAUGUUGCUGCGGAGGCUUUUCGCGAGAUUCCGAUGCCACAUGACUGCCUUGAUGGAAUUGAUCUUGAGGAGGGGAUGCCAUGUGUAUUUAUCAACAACUAUAAGAACAAGGUCUGCUUGAUAGUUCACUUCCCCAAUUUUGGGACCGGUGGAGGACAAAGGAUACACGUAUGGGUGAUGAAUGAGUACGGGGUUUUGAGCUCAUGGGCCAAGCAGUUCAAGCUAGUGCUGCGGGAGAAGAUUCAGAGGUCAUUCGGCUUUACAAGGUAUAGGGAUAUCCUUCUUGUCAAGGAUGACGGAAAGGUGGUUGUUUGCAAACCGGAGAAGAUGGAGUUCAAGAGUACUGCACUUGAAGGAAUAGCAGAACGUUUUGAUGUUGUCAAUCUCACCAAGAGCCUCGUCUGGUUCGACUGAAGGAAAUUGCUGAAGUUCUUCAUUGGCGGAGGAGCUGUGGAUAUAAACACCAGCUAGGAGAAGAAACUCUUUAUUUUGAUGCAUGUGCAGGAAGAGCUAUGAACCAUGAUAGGACUUAGAAGGAGACUGAUGUUCUUUUUUGUUUUGAUUGGUAGUUAGGCUGCUAUUUCUCGAUGAAAAUCUGACCUGAUAUUACAAACUGAGGAGUUUGAUUUUGUUUACGCUGUCUGUGUUUUCGAAUGGUUAAAUUUUAGAGGUUUUUUUUUUU